AUGGCACCUUUUUCCAGCCUAUUGAUAAUUCUCUUCUUACUUACUCCAUUAAUAACAACAGAACUAACAACAUCACACGAUAUAAUCGCAAGUGAAAAACCAAACCCUCAAUCUACGCCCCUAACCCAUGAAAUUACUUUCGAUGUCGGGAGAACGAACUUAGCACCAGAUGGAUUCACUCGUCGCGUAUGGACAGUCAACAAAAAGUUUCCUGGACAAACAAUUCACGCUUUUAAAGGCGAUCGAUUGAAAGUUCAUGUUAUUAAUAAUCUUGGUGAUGAGGAAACUGCUUUCCAUUGGCAUGGAAUUUUCCAAAAUGGUACGCCUUGGUAUGAUGGAGUCCCAGGUGGAACUCAAUGUCCAAUCCCAGCUGGUGAAGAAUUUACUUAUGAAUUUCAAUUGCCUCAAUCCGGAACGCAUUGGUGGCAUUCACAUUAUUUUGCACAAUAUGUAGAUGGACUAGCCGGACCUCUUAUAGUUCACGAUCCUAAAGAUCCUUACUUACAAAAAUACGACAAAGAAUUCAUCGUAACACUGCACGACUGGUACCAUACUGAGACCCCCGAAUUGCUAAAGGCCCUCAUGAAACCUCUUCAAGAAGGAUACAGUGAACCCGCACCAGACUCCGGUUUAAUUAAUGGAAGACACAGUUAUAAUUGUACAUUAGCACCAGUUGGAACUACAUGCAUUUCAAACCAUAGUCUUUCGAGAUUUGUAUUUCAACAGGGGAAAAAAUAUCGUAUAAGGAUUAUCAAUAUGAGUGCCGACGAUCAUUUUAAUUUCUCGAUAGAUGAACAUCUAUUAGAUGUGAUUGAAAUCGACGGGGUUUUGGUCAAGUCUCAACAAGUGAACUAUCUCUCAAUUAAUGCUGGUCAACGAUGCUCGGUAAUCGUAAAAGCCGAUAAAACUAUAAACAAUUUUUGGAUGCGUGCUGUAAUGGGAGUCGACGACACAGAAAACGGUGUAAACCCCGAUAUUCGAGCAAUCGUGCAUUACGAAGGAGCAUCAUUAAACAAACCUAAAACACAAGAUUGGACUACCAAGAAAGAUAAAGCCGAUAUUGUUGAUUUGGAACCGCUGACGCUCAAACCAUAUUUAAACGAGUUUUCACCAUUGCCAGUCGGAACUCAAUUCAUUUUAACGAUUGAUUUAAGACCUGAUUCUAAUAAUUAUACGAAAGGUUUCGUAAAUAAUUCCACUUUCAAACUGGAUCUUGAUCAUCCUUCGCUUGAUAAAGCUAUCCGUAAUUUGCCGAUUGAUGGACCACAUGCAAAUCUUUAUACUUUUGAUAAACCUGGAGAAGUUAUUCAAGUCAUUUUGCAAAAUUUACAUGACGAACACCAUCCUUUCCAUAUGCAUGGCCACAACUUUUGGAUUCUUGGAGCUGGGAAAGGACUUUUUGACAAAAAUAAUGCUACGCUAAAUCUAAUAGACCCAAUAAAACGCGACACUGAAGAUGUACCUGGUGAAGGAUGGUUAGUAAUUCGAUUCGUUGCCAAUAAUCCAGGUGUUUGGACAUUCCAUUGUCAUCUUGAAUGGCAUCUCGAACAGGGCCUAUCUUUGCAAUUUUUGGAAUUACCCACUCUAUUAAGAAAUUAUCAGCAGCCAAAAUCUGUAAAAAGACUUUGCCUUUUAAGUAAUUCCACUAACACUAAUAGUUAA